AUGGUAGCCGGCAGAAUCCUGACCAAAUUUCGGACAAUUUUCAUGUUCGCCCAGCGCAGCGUUUUGUUAUAUCUGACGGACCAUACGCCUGAGACCAUGGAGCAAUUCAUGUACCGCAACACUUUCAUCCACAUUUCGGCGCAGGAGAGCCAACUUCCUCGAUCGCAAAGUGCGCCGAACCUUUCAUUGCCAAGCCGUCGGGAGGAGGAGGCUGAGUCGUAUUUGCACAACUUCCUCGAGCGCGUGGCCGAAAACUUCCGAUGGACAGAGAGGCCACCACCGCCGAGAGUCCCUGGCAGCUUUGCCCACCCAGAGGCAUGCAGCAGACCUUGUGUCCUUUUUCGGUUUGGAAACUGCACACAAGGUUCCUCCUGCGACUUCUGCCACCUGGAGCACCCAAGGCCCAAGAUGAAGCUCGACAAGAUGCAGCGGCAGUGCUACGACAAGCUCAACGAGCCCCAGGUGCUGUCUUUGCUGCUUCCUUACUUGAAGCAUCGCGGCGAUCAGCAGGCAAUCGGUGCCGACAUCGCCCCUGUCAUCGAGCUCAUCGAGGGCCGACUCCAGAAAGCUUCAGCUCUUCCGUUGGGCUGGCGCAAGGUUGAAUUGCUGGAUCGAUCUCUUCGCAGGAUGAAUACGUCCCGUCUCCUGGAGCUUCUUGUCGGCCACCAGAAGGUCGAGAGGAACUUCUCAGAGCAGAUCUCCCUGCUCUUCGGUCGAGCACGGGCGGACAUCCAAACACGGUCAACUCUGUAG